AUGUCACUUGUGCCUUUGAGAGUUUCUGGAGUGAUGAGCGAAGGAAACAUUUUCUCGCACAGGUCCGCGAGUAUCUACUCGGCAGGGGCCCGAUCCACACCGCCCCUGCAAUCACUGGGCGAUGUCUCGCACGCCUCAUUGCGAAGUUCGCGAUGGAGCUCGAUCUCGUUGCCUGCGUCGUCCGCCUUCUCCUCCUGCAAAAAGGAGAGUGAGUCGCCUCCGCAAACUCCACGCAAUAGUGGAGGGGGGAGGCCCCCCGCGUUUUCGACGCGGAGGGAAGGCGAGGCAGACGCACCAGCGACCUUCCGAGGGAACUACGCCAAAAUAAGUCCCAACUCCGUCUUUCCGCCCCCGCUGGAGCGGCUCGCCUCGCCGGAGGAGGCGGCAAUUAGAUUCAAACCCGCGAGGCCCUUGAUUUUCUCCGCUGGGGGAGGGCCGUCUGCGCCGAUUUUUCCGCGUCAAUUUUGCUGCUCCCCCGCCGAAGGCGAAGCCAACAGGCGUGGGACCCCGAGGUUUUCCGCGGAGGACGCCCCAGCAGCCGGUAUCUCACGGCCCCCACGGAAGGGAAACAGUCCGGCCCUGCCACCGCCGGCGUUUUCCCUGCCAUUGGCAAUGUCGGACGUGAAGCGGGAGACCUCCGAGGGCUCCUCCUCGUUAGCCACGACGCAGAUGUCGGAGGAACAAAAGGUGAGUGAGCGCAGUUCAGGUUCAGGUUCCUCCGAUGUGACCGCUCUGGAGGACCCACUGUCGGGUGGGGAACGCGAAGACACCACCGCGCUCGCUGCACAGCCGCGGGCCCGGACACGUCUUGUGUCGUUUAGCAAAAUGGCGGUUUUGUCUGAGUCUGUGUCGUCCAUCGUCCCUGCAGAUGUGGAGGUGGAUCCGAAGCCGCUGCAUGAGCUGUCGAACUCGCCCUUACUGUCCGUCGAACGGGCGGAGCUGGACUGCACUGCCGGCGACGUACAUGGUGAGGCGAGAAGACGACCGGAGUUGAAGGAGAAGAGCCCAGUGCUUGUCACUGUGCCUCAUGACCGGAAUUUGACGCCGUUUGACGUUGUCAUCUCCCCCGUUCUGGGCCCAGAGGGGAGGCCCGCCGCCACCGACGAGGCAAUCGCCUUACCCGCAUCCGCAGUCCCCCGUUCCCUUGAGGUGAACAUUGUGACCGAAAGCUCCGCAGCAGGGGAGCGACAGGGCACGGAUUCAAGCCAGCGGGAGAGCGUGGGGAAUCAUGUGAGCAACGACAGCUUUAACAUUGAAAGCUGCGGCCAUAACGACGUUUGCUCCUCACUGCUACUCCAUUUGCUACCUGUUAUUGAGCGACCGCAGCGGGACAAUUUGGCUAGAAGGCAUCGUGUUUGCCGACGAAUGCCGUGA